AUUAGAUUCAUUUGUAUGAUUAUAAUUGUGAUUGUGCUAGUGAAUUCAUUAUUUCAGAUAGUUUUGUUUAAAUUGGAUCAUACUUUUUUUUCUUCCUUUCUUUAGCAAACUAAUUAAAUAGGACUAAUCUGAUGUUUCCCCUUGUUAUCAUUUUGUUUGUUCUUUUCGAAGGAAUAAAUGGAGGUGGAAAAGCACCAAUGCUCAUCAGUAUACCUAGAGAGUUUUUACCAAAAGAAACUAUAACAGAGGUGGAACCAACUUGGGAAAUUACAACAACCACAAUUGAAGAUAGUGAAGAAUCAUCGUCAAUAUAUCAAAUUCUACUAAAUUUACUUCACAAAUUAUGGGCAAUGUUGAAAUAUUUACUGAACUUUCUGUAAAGAAGAUGAAACUAUGGAAUUAUUUACUUCAAGACUCCUUAUUAUUAACGUAGUAUCUUUAUACUAAUGUAGAGAUUGUUAAACAAACACUACUUUAUUCUGAUUCAAAUUGAUUUUAACUUGAUAAACUUGUCUUCAUUGUAAUUAAUUGAAUAGAUUUCUCAAUACUCAUUAUCAUAUUUCAUUGUAAAUAUGACAGUGUUGACUGAUGAAGUACUGACUUGAUUAGUACGAAACAUAAUAUAGAUAAUAGUUGGAUAUGAUACCAUUCUAUGAUCAAAGUAAAUAUCACAAAAGGAUUAGGGGCCUUUAAAUUAAACCACAAUAAUCAAUUACUUACUUACUCCUGUUACCCCAAUGGAGCACAGACCACCAGCUAGCAUUCUCCAACCCACUCUGUCCUGGACCUUCCUUUCUAGUUCCAUCCAAUUCUUGUUUAUUCUUCUCACAUCUGUCUACAUUUCUUGGCAUAAUGUGUUCUUUGGUCUUCCUCUUCUCCUUUGGCCUUGAGGAUUUCAGAUGAGGGCUUGUCUUGUGAUGCAGUUGGGUGCUUUUCUCAAUGUGUGUCCUAUCCACUUCCAGCACACAAUGUUGAAUCACCUUGACUGCUGGCCAUAUUGCAACUUGGUUGAUAGCAUUCAAUUUGCACCCAACACAUGUGACACUGAUCACCACCCAGUGAUCAGUCAAUCGUGAUUGGAUGCUUUUUUAUCGAUACUUGAAGAUUUCAACAAUUCCCGAC